UGUUUCCUCAUUUGUAAAAUUAGGGAUUCAGUACCUGUUCUCCCUCCUACUUACUGUAGGUGGGACAGGGUUUGAGUCUGACCUCGUUAUCUUCUACCAUAGCGCUUAGAGUGAAUGGCAUAUAAUAAGCGCCUAACGGAUACAGUUAUCAUUACAACUGUCACUUCCUAUAACAAAUCUACGUGCAUCAACAUGGACCAUCUUAUACUUAGAACAGACAUGUUAUGGGAAGAACUCUCCCUUAUUCUUCAGUAGUAUGAUGAAAAUUACACAUUGAGACAGAACUGUUUGGUCAUGAGUGAGACAACACUGUGGGAGCUUCAUCGUCUUUCGCCUGUAAGGCCAGGAAAAUACACCAACUGAUGCCCCGCGCGAGCAAAUACCUACACGAUGCAACAGUGACCUUCCUCUUCUGGAAAUGGGACACCCCGGAAGCAGACUUAUUUGCAAGGGAAGAAAAGGCAAAGCUUCCCAGUUUCCACUGAAGGAACUAUUCGCCUGGGGGUGGGGGGCAUAAAGGGGACCACAUUGUCAGUUCCUUGAAGGAUGGGCUUUGGAACCACCCCUACACCUCCCCCCACCCCUUUUCUCACAUACCAACAAAGAUCAGGUGGUACUAGGCAUCCAAAUCCUAGUGUGUGAGAAAAGGCUGUAGGGGACGACGCCAAAUCCCUUCACACCAAGGAAUUGACUUGGAUCAGGAAUGGGUGCCAGUAAUACCAGAAGUGGCCAUAUCCAGCCAACGCUAGGAUCCCCUGAAACACCUCGUGCAUCUCAGCCAAUCCGUUCUCCAGACCUCCUCUGUCAAAGUACACCCAGUGGCAUGGUAAACUUUCCCUGGACAGGCGGAUGGGAAGAGACUAGGGGGAAAUACCCCUCAUCACUGGGUUCAUGAAGGGACCCAACCACUUACAUUCCCCAAGGUGCACACCUUCUGCACCUUAGGAUGUAAACGUAGUGCUCACACAACUAUCAUAUCUCCCAUUCGAAGCCACUGGGGCAUAUUCAAGCACUCGUCGUGGAAGAUCGACUACCUGGUGGCAGUCACUUCAGUCCAUUCGACCUUUGAGCUUUGAUCACUUUUGUUAGAUACCCAACGUAGUGCUCACACAACUAUCAUAUCUCCCAUUCGAACCCACUGGGGCAUAUUCAAGCACUUGUCGUGGAAGAUCAGCUACCUGGUGGCAGUCACUUCAGUCCAUUUGACCUUUGAGCUUCGAUCACUUUUGUUAGAUCCCCAAUUCCACAAGCUCAUACUCCAUACCAACCCAAAUUUCUUCCCUAAGGUAGUGUCAGACCGUCACGUAAGCCAGGAGAACGUACAGCUCCUCUCUCCCAACCUCGCGGAACAGGUCAUCACUCAUUAUCUGUAAUGAUCACGCAGUCUGAGAGUGUCCCACUAGAUGUUUGUUCGCGUCCUUCCACUCUAACUGAGUGGAGGGGGUGGGGGAGAGCUGUUCAGAAAGUCAUUUUCUGCUGGCUGUUGGAUUGCGUUUCCUUUGCCAGAACUGACCAGGCCCAUACUUCCAAGGGACAGCCGCUACUCCCUCCAUCAGGGCAUGGGCCACCUUCAUUUGUAGCACCGAGGGACAAUCCACCAGCAGAUCGGUACAAGAUGUCCUCCUGUCCCCUGUGUGGACAUUUGUUGAGCACUAUUGCCCGAAUGCCAUCCACAGGAGAGAGAACCAAUUUGGGCUGCCUGUCCUCCAUCAGCCUUCCCUCAUAUAAUUCCCCCCUUCCACCGAGGGGGGAUUAAGGUGUGUAAUAGCCCAUGAUCUGAUCUGGUUGUUACUCGCUUUUGGAGAAACGCCAUUUACUUACCUGUAAUAGCAGUUCCCUAAAAGUGGCUAGCGCACCAGAGUCAGAUUUCCUGCCACUCAGAUUUCCCACUGCUUAGACAAACUCCAGCCAUACCGCGGUACCACUAAUCAUAUGCUUUAUUUUCUUGGGACCUACUCUGCCACGGACGUCGCGAAAGUGGGGUCUGCCGGCCAGAGCCAUAUGUGAGCCCCGGUUGGAGGGGAGGGGCUACGUGCCUGGAUGGGAAAAUCCAGUCUCAAGGGCCCCAGCCAGCAGAGAGGCUGGAAACAGAGGCUGAGAUGGAGCUCACACCAUGAUUUGAUCUGGUGUCCACCACACUUUCAGAGAACUGCUACUACAGAUCAUUGCCUAUACUGAUGAGCUGCACUGCGUGGAAAGCAUUUUCGUUUCUGAAUUGUUCUAACAGUCUGCAGCUCGACUGUAGAGAAUCAAUUGAACCAGACUGGAUCCAAUACAGAUUAGACAUGGAUCUUCAAUUCUGAAACAGAUGGCCAUAUAAUCCUGGAGUAAUUGAGGUUUCUUGAUAAAAACCAUAGGGCAACCAAACUUCUUUAGUAAUUGCCAGAGACCAGAUCUGCCCUGUCAUUGAGACUUUUUGGAUGUCUGCUGAGAAAAAACUAGAGAGCUCUAGGUACCCAGGAUUCAGUGGUUGGGCCUGUCUCUGAGACGUUUUCUUUUGCUUCAUGCCUGAGCAAGGUGGUCCAAGUGCUGUGGAAAUGAACGGAGAACAACAACAUGACACAGACACUGGAUCUGGUAUGGAGGAAAUGGAAUUUAACUGGGAUGAAUAUCUGGAAGACACAGGAACCACAGCAGUUCCUCAUGGGUCCUUUAAGCAUGUGGAUACAAGUUUACAGAAUGGAUUUGCUCCUGGCAUGAAGCUUGAAGUUGCUGUCAAAACAGAUCACGACACUUACUGGGUUGCCACCAUCAUCACCACUUGCGGGCAGCUACUUCUGCUACGAUAUGAUGGCUAUGGCGAGGACCGCAAAGCUGACUUCUGGUGUGAUAUCAUGACAGCAGACUUACACCCCAUUGGGUGGUGUGAACAGAACAAGAAGGUUCUCAAAGCUCCUGCAGGCAUCAAAGAUAAGUUUUCUGACUGGAAUGAGUUCCUGCAGCAGACCCUGAAGGGAGCAUGUAGUGCCCCUGCUAACCUGCUAGAGGGCCUUCAUAAAGGAAAGAAUCCUUUGGAUCUUAUUGCACCAGGCUCCAGACUGGAGUGUCAGAAUUUCCGGGAUUCCUUGGCUGCUUGGAUCGUUAACGUGGUAGACAGUGUCGGGGGGAGACUGAAGUUGCACUAUGAAGGGCUGGAGAAUUCUGACCAGUUUGAACAGUGGUUAUUCUACUUGGAUCCAUUCCUUCAUCAAGUUGGCUGGGCAACUCGACAAGGAUACGACCUUCAGCCCCCAUUAGCUAUCAGACACUUGAAGAGUGAGGUGGAAUGGAACGAGAUCUUGAUGAAAGUAAAAGAGGAGGAGGAAGAGUCGAUACCGACCGACCUCUUUAAGGACAAGCCAGUUAUAGGCAUGCAUACUUUUUCCGUGAGCAUGAAGUUAGAGGCUGUGGAUCCAGUGGCUCCUUUUGUGAUCUCUCCUGCUACAGUCAUUAAGGUAUUCAAUGAAAAAUACUUCCUGGUGGAAAUUGAUGACUUGCGACUGGAACUCUCCGCCAAACGAUCCUUUGUGUGCCACGUCAAUAGUCACGGCAUUUUUCCGGUGCAGUGGAGUCUGAAAAAUGGAUUAAAUCUCAGCCCCCCUCCUGGUUACCCCACCCAGGAUUUUGAUUGGGCGGACUACCUCAAACAGUGUGGUGCUGAAGCUGCUCCCCAGAGCUGCUUUCCUGUGCCAAUUUCUGAUCAUGGAUUUAAGGAGAACAUGAAGCUUGAAGCCGUGAACCCUAUUGACCCUGAAGAAGUAUGUGUGGCUACCGUUACAAUGGUUAAGGGUUCCUACCUGUGGCUUCAGUUGGAAGGCUCAAAAAAGCCAGUGCCUGAAUGCAUCGUGAGUGUGGAGUCCAUGAAUAUUUUUCCUGUGGGUUGGUGCGAGACCAAUGGAUACCAGCUCAGAUCUCCUCGCCGAGGAUUAGUGAACAAACAGAAGAAAGUGGCAGUGGUUCAACCAGAGAAACAAACAGUUCCUGAAGGCCUGAAAAACCAGGAGCUGAAUUCCACAGACUCAGUUGUAGUCAAUGGAAAAUAUUGCUGCCCAAAGAUCUACUUCAACCACCGGUGCUUCUCAGGGCCAUACCUCAACAAGGGCCGAAUCGCUGAGCUGCCACAGUGUGUGGGACCUGGAAACUGUGUUCUUGUCCUAAAAGAGGUUCUCACUUUACUGAUCAAUGCAGCCUACAAACCAAGCCGUGUCCUUCGGGAGCUCCAGCUGGAUGAGGAUGCAGUGUGGCAUGGGCAUGGGGAGAUCUUGAAAGCAAAGUAUAAAGGGAAGAGCUAUCGGGCUACAGUCGAGGUAGUGAGGACAGCCGACCGGGUGGCCGACUUCUGCCGGAAAACCUGCAUCAAACUGGAAUGCUGUCCGAACCUCUUCAGUCCGCAGAUGGUUCUGGACAAAUGUUCCGAGAACUGCUCCGUAUUGACCAAGACCAAAUACACACACUAUUACGGGAAGAAGAAAAACAAGAGAAUUGGGCGGCCACCUGGUGGGCACAGUAAUUUGGAAUGUGGCAUGAAGAAGCAGAACAAAAGGAGGAAGAGAAGGAAGCAUUUCUUUGUCCAUAAGAAGAAGCGCUCCUCUCCAUCUGUGGACACCACACCAGCAGGUUCUCCCCGGGGUAGUGGAGGGGAGGAAGAGGAUGAUCAGGAUGAAGUGGAUGAAGAAUCUUUAAGUGAGGACAGUGUUUCUGAGCAGCAAGAUGAGCUUCAGGAAGAGUCAGAAGUAUCGGAGAAAAAAUCCCAUUCCUCCUCUCCCACCCAAAGUGAGGUGUCACCUUCACUGCCUCAGGAUCAAGAUAAAAGGAAGAGGAAGCCCCGCACUUUUUCCUUCUCUGAUGACGAGAACAAACCUCCUUCACCAAAGGAAAUAAAGAUUGAAGUGGCUGAAAAGCUGCAGCUGGACAGUAAUCCACUGGAUUGGAGUGUGGCUGAUGUUGUGCGGUUCAUCAAAUCCACAGACUGUGCUCCGCUAGCAAGAAUAUUCCUGGAUCAGGAAAUUGAUGGGCAGGCACUACUGCUCCUUACUCUUCCCACUGUUCAAGAAUGCAUGGACUUGAAACUGGGACCUGCCAUCAAACUCUGUCAUCACAUUGAGAGGAUCAAGUUUGCCUUUUACCAGCAGUUUGCCAACUAAGAAGCGUGGCCAAGCUGAACAGGACCUUUGAAGCACAAUUGUAGUGAGCUAUUCCUAGAGGUAGCCAGGUAGGGCCAGAAUGGCUCUCUGGCGAUGCCUAUUCGCAGGUGUCCGCUUGCCAUGUUUUUGCACUUUGAGGAAAGACAGACCACACCCCUGGGGCAAAGUACCAAUGUGAUCGGGAUCGAAAUGUGGCAGCCUUUUGGCUGGCAGAUUGCAGUUUUGGUUUGUUUGUUUUAACAAAAAGUAUUGGUGGGGGAGGAGGGAAAACAGGCUCCUGUGAGGAGAAUGAGCAUUUUGGGGUGUGUGCAUGUAAAAGAAGAAAAAAGGACAUUGAUUUUAAGUGAAAAUCGCGAGAGCUGGAAAGUCUUUUAUUUCCUUUGUGUUCCUCCCAUAUCCCAAGUUUCUUUCUUCCUGUUCUAUCUUUCUUGGAAAAAACAGGAACAUGAUUGAGCCGUGGGCGUGUCAGAGUGUGUGUGUGUGUGUGUGUGUGUGUGUGCGCGCGCGCGCGCGCGUGUGUUUGUGUGUGCGGGUGUGUGUUUCUUAAAGCAGCUCAUUUUUGGGAUAGUGUAGCUCUAGGACUCUGAAUGUACUCACAUUUUGGUCUAUUUAAAAAUUAAAUUUCUGGGGACUUUUUUUUUUCCACUACCUCUUUUUAAAAUUGCAGCUAAUAGCUCUUGAUGAAUCUCUCCACCCCUUCCCUCCCACCCCGGGUGCCAUUUUCAACAGUGACCUGAACACCAAAAAUAAUGCUUUCGGGGGAUUGGUUGGUGGUGAUUUGCUGUCUUUAUUUCUAACUUAGUUUGACAAGUUCUGUGGAAGUUUUACACUAGUUCUUUUGUCUCUCCCUCUCCUCCAUUCAGAGAUGGGUCUCCUAGUUCAGCAGCAUCCCAAGAAGAGGUUUAUUGGCACCUUAGCAACAUUGAUGUUCCUUUCCAUUACCUCUUUCAGUGGACUUUUGAAAGUGUUUUGUCUUCAGUUUUUCUUUGAGGUUACAGCAACAUUUUGUUCCUUUGAAAGCAUGCUGGGCUUUUUGAGGUUAAAUUCUGCAACCACCCCUUCCACACCCAGGAAGGACUCACCUCACCUCAUUUACCCUCCAGCUGAAUGUGGGGUUUUGGCUUUCUCUAAUUCAGGCAAAGCAAAUAGAACACUUGUGUUUUCAGGGACGUAGAAUACUGAUUAAAAAUUGAAGACUAGCCAGCCACUUGUGGGUUUCUGCUGAGUUGUCCUUUGAGCUGCAUAUAAGGUGAAUGAUAUAGAGAUUGGAUUCACUGGCUUUUAUGUUACACACACCCCACUCACUCAUCACAACAAUUCCUCUCCUCACCCCUGCAAAGACACCUCAAAUCUCAAAAUAGAAUCUUGCCCCGGUCCUGAUGGUUGUUUAGAAAUCAUUUUAAGUUAUCCCAAAUUAUAUCCAAACAAAUCUCUCUAUCCCUUCUCAAAAAGUUCCCCAUGGUGUAAUUAUUCAACUGUUACAAGGGACAGUUUAUCGUUAAUUCAGUUAUCUGUAAGGGCUUGGAAAGUCUAGAACACAAGAUCUGUAUAGUCAGUAAAUUACCCAGAAUCUGUUGAUAAAAUGGCACGUGAAAGUACUCCACCCUUCCCCCCAGUUCUGGCAGAAAUGUAGUCCUGCAUUUUAGGAAUACUGGCUCUAUCAGCUUAUUUCUAAUAGCAACUUGGAGUUAUUGGGUUCUAGCAAUAAACAGAUAGUGGGUACAAGAUAAUGUUGUUGAGCUUAAAUAUGGGCCUCCUGCAUCGUCCCUUAAGGUGAUGAAUUGGUCAUUUGUCUGAGAGGAGAAAGAACUGCAUAUAGCAUAUAUUAAUGUGUGGAAAGUAGUAAAGGGACCCUAAUUGAACAUCUUGUUUUCUCAAUUUCAUUUUGUCUUUUAAGGUCCCCAGCCUCAGCUCAUAAACCGGACAAUAUUGGGUUAGACUAAUGUUCCUCCAGUCUAGUAUUCUGUCUUUGACAGUGGUACUAAAGGAUGUUUGAAGGGAUAAUCUUCUAAGCAGCCCAGAAGAAUCAAGGAGAGAGCGAGUCCCCUGCAAAAUGUUAGCUGGAAUCCUUGCUUGGACAAUUGGAUCCUUUAGUGGGUUUUUGUUGGUGGUGGUUUGUUUUUUUGUUGGUUUUUUCUCUAGGCAAUAAAAUAAAAUGUGUCCUAAGGGCAUAAUUGUAACCUAGAGAGUAAUGGGAAUCUGACUUUUUUCCCCAUUUUUCAAAUCAUCCUACCCCAAACUCCCAUACCCAAGUAUUUCAAAUAAAAAAUGAAAUUUCUUAGGCAGCUCAAGAAGCAGAGACAAAUGGAGGUCUAAAUCAUGCAGCUUUUAUGCCAAAGGAAGAAGACAAUUUGGGGCUUUUUGAUGUGGUGAGGAUAUUUGUUUAUGUAUUUUUUAAGGCAGAAAUUUCAAAUUCCAUUUAUUGUUGAAAAUACAUGUCAGCUGCUUCUCUGGAACUGGUGUAUUAACUAUUAAGAUGAAUUCGUUCCGCUGGGGCAGAUGUCAAGGUUUGAAUCCUCUGCGUAAAGGACACUGUUCUAGGAAUCUGUAGAUUCUGGGUCCUAGUUCUGGUUCUGCCUUUUGGGGCCAUGCCACCUAGGGCGUUCGAGCAGUGGACAGCCCGUCAGGAAUCCUGAAAAAUAACUGAUGUGGGCAGCAGAGACUGCAGAGGCUAUCAAGGAAAUGGUCUGCUGGGUCAUGGCCCUACGGGCUACCGCCGGCACUAUGUUGUGAUUAUUUUGGCCACAGCUGGGUCCCGUACGUGGGAAAACCUCCUUCGUGGGCACUUUGCCACGUUCUGCACCCCUGUCCCACAUGCUCGCUCAUUCCUUCCAGCCCCAACAAGGACAUGACCUGUAGGGUCGAGAGAGCGCACCAGUGGCACUCUGCACAUCGCCAGCAUUGUAAUCAAUUCCUUCACUCAGGGUCUCGGUCCCAGAGUUUCAGGACUGAGGCUCAUCCUUUGUUCUCAAGGGAAGACCCCAUCAGGCUGUGAGGAAAUUGGUUCCGACUUAUGUUUCGCCUCCUAAUGUGUUUGUCAAGCGCUUAUUAUGUGCCAAGCACUGCUCUAAGCACUCAACACAAUUGAUUCCAGACAGCUGCUUCUUAAAGCCGAGGCCUGGCUGUAGUUUUUGGUGGUUGUGGCUAAUUUUGUCCCGACCAGCAGGAAUUGCCAUCUCAUUCUCGUUAUGCUGUGUCAUUCUCUGGGGUUCUGGGAAUUUAAUGAAACCACUCUCCAAAAGCAGAGAAAAACUACAGCGCAGCAGUCUGUGAUUAGGCCCCAAGGCAUCUUCACUCCCUGAAACCUAGCUCUACAGAUAGGUCGAGAGCACAACUGCCUUCUGGAAUGAAUGGAAUCAUGCCCAACUUGCUGGGCUACCAUGAACCAUUUGCUCCAUUUCACCUCAGGCUGCCUUUAAUCUGCCCCUGGGGAGGCAGCAGGACUCAUCCUUUUGAGUGUACCAGGGCAGGCAAAGUGAACUUCAACUUUGUGGCAGAUACCUGGGGAUUUGCAAGCCAAGAUCAGAAUUUAGCAGUCGUGCUUCUUCCUCUUACAGCAAAACUGAACUGAUUGUGGGACAGGGAACACCUAGAGUAUUGAAUGGUCACGUGUAUACACGUGAUUACACUUGGCAUAUAUAGCAACUGGCGUGGAACAGGACUACAGGGAGGUGCUUAUUUGGGGGCUCCCUGCUGGCUUUUUCUUUUUCAGCCAAGGGUUUGGGGACUUUGUUACUGCUGUCAUGUGAACCAAAAAGGAAACUAUGUGUUUGGGAGAGGUUGUAUAAAAUACCAGAGAGGCUUCUGGGCAGUGUCCAGAGUGGGACCAAAUGGGAAUAUUGUUUGAGAUUGCCACAUGGUCACACUGUACUUAGCAACUACCGCCAAAGACUCUGUUCUCCAGUGAUUAUUAUGUUGACAGUUUGAGAAUUCCUACUUCCACAGAACUUCUGAGAGCGUGGCCAGUAAGUAGAGCCACAGGAGUGGAAAUUCCAAGUUCUCAUUCACUGUGCUUGGCCUCUGGAUGCAUAGGGUGGUGGUGGGGGGAGUCAAUUUGUUUUCCCUCACCUUCCGAGAAAAUGCCACAGUUGUGCAUGCUGUCAGCAGAGGGCUCAGUAACUUUUGAGACUUCAAACACCGUUAGACUAGUAAACUGAAGGAGAAGGGGAUCCUACCAGUUAGUGAGGUGUAAGAUCAGGGUGGGAAGCAGGUGUCCCCAUUUCCCUACCCUUCAGAAGCCUGCAUGGAUUUGUUCUGAAGGAUUUGCAGCAGAUGGAGUGAUCAUGGUGCUGAUUUAAAACCAUUGAAAAAAAAACAAAAGCAAAAAAACAAUACUAUAAAGCCAAAAAUGCCUGGUACUUUUCAAGCAGGUGUGAUUCCUCCUGGAGAUUUUUUUUUUCUUUAUCUGAUUUGCUAACAAGCUUUGGUGGAACAUGUAUGCUGCACAGGCUGUGACUAGUUUGCGGACUCUGACUUCUCCAGGUGAGCCACACAUAGACUUGCAGUUCCAAUUACCAAAAGCCCAGUUUGAAAGCUGCAUGCUGUUCCGUACAAAGGACCAGUCCAAAAGUAUCCUAUUCCAUGCCCACCAUUUUUGGGUGCUCCCCUGAAAACUCUCCCCGGACCAUACAAGUAGCCUCAAUUUUGAAGGCAGCCUUAGAGGGGUGAAAGGGCAAAGGGUGGGUAUUGGAUGCACUGAUCAGAUCACAAGGUUCUUUGUCGAUACGUUUGAAGACUCUUCUGUUUUCCAAGUAACCAGCAAAAACCAGGAGUUGAUGAGGAGGAACCCAUAGGGAAAUAGACGUUUCUUCCUCUCCUUAUGCUUUUCUGGCUUUGCACACCACUGGGCCUUGGCCUAAUGCUCCAGCCAACACGUAAGACUGUUUUACAAAAGAAAACAAGCCACCUUGCCCGAUGAGCCUCCAACACCAGCAGUGAGGUGCUGAACCAGAAGGCCGCAGGAGGCAACGGGUCUCACUCCGACCAACUUAGGAGGCGAAGGCUGCAUCUGGAUUAGCAUUAUUGAGCUAGCAGAACUGGUGGUGCCCCCUCCCCCCGCCCACAAUUCUUCAAGCUGUGUUGGAACCCCAAGAUCCCUGUAUGGUUUGUUCUUCAACAUAAUUUCACUUCCAGCUUAAAGGAAUGUUGCAAGAAAGCGAGCGAGUGAACAGAGCACCCGAUUGGGGUCCUGAGGCACCCCAGUCGAGAAGCAGCUGAUUUGGGGAUGUGGUUGAUGCUCAGGCAAAAACAGUAAGUUGCCUGAUGAGUCACUUCCAUAACUUCUCAAGAUAGUACUUUGAAUGUUUCUCUCGAGGAUUAAAGCUUCUCCCCUUUCCUCUCCUUCCUGCUCUUCUCUUCCUCCUUUUUAAAAUAAUAAACUUAAAUCCUAUGGAGACAAUCAGAGGUCUGCCAAGGAAAGACUCCUGGCUGGUACCAGCACUCUAGGCCUCUUCUACUAACUCAUUGGAACGGAUGCACUUUGUUUCCUGCAUUUUGCCUUUUUUUAAAUUAGCUGCUUGUUUGGAACAAAACAAAAUGCAUUCUGUAUUGUGUCCCUCUUGCUUGCUGUUUUUUUUUGGGUCCCCCCCGCCAACCCGGAUUUCAGAUGUUAUGCAUUGAGGUUGAAAUCCUAUGUAAGGAAAAAUAUGCACAAGAAAAUAUGCCUAUUAAAAAUAAUUCCCAUCAUGUUUGAUAGGUGAAGAGGCCUAAAGUUUUUUUUAAUCUAUUUUGGAUGGCUAUUUUGCUUGUUUCUGUGUAAAUAAGAGUGUACAUAAGUUUGUGGUAUAUUAUGACAGU